GGCGGCUGGGAAGUCGGGCUGCAGCAGGAGGAGUGUGACUUUAUGCAGAUGAUCGAGGUACAGCACAACCAGUGCCUGGAGGAGGCCCAGCUGGAGAAUGAAACAACAGGCUGCAGCAAGAUGUGGGACAACCUCACCUGCUGGCCAGCCACCCCUCGGGGCCAGGUGGUCGUCUUGGCCUGCCCCCUCAUCUUUAAACUCUUCUCCCCCAUUCAAGGCCGCAACGUGAGCCGCAGCUGCACUGACGAGGGCUGGACGCCCCUGGAGCCUGGUCCCUACCCCAUUGCCUGUGGCUUGGAUGACAACGCAUCGAGUUUGGACGAGCAGCAGACAAUGUUCUACAGUUCUGUGAAGACCGGCUACACCGUCGGCUACAGCCUGUCCCUCGCCACCCUCCUGGUCGCCACUGCCAUCCUGAGCCUGUUCAGGAAGCUCCACUGCACACGGAACUACAUCCACAUGCAUCUCUUCAUAUCGUUCAUCCUGAGGGCCACCGCUGUCUUCAUCAAAGACUUGGCCCUCUUCGACGGCGGGGAGUCGGAUCACUGCUCCAAGGGCUCGGUGGGCUGUAAGGCAGCCGUGGUGUUAUUCCAGUACUGUGUCAUGGCCAACUUCUUCUGGCUGCUGGUGGAGGGCCUCUACCUGCACACCCUGCUCGCCGUGUCCUUCUUCUCCGAGAGGAAGUACUUCUGGGGGUACAUAUUCAUCGGCUGGGGGGUGCCCAGCACAUUCACCAUGGUGUGGACCAUCAUCAGGAUCCAUUUUGAGGAUUACGGAUGCUGGGAUACCAUCAUCUCCUCACUGUGGUGGAUCAUAAAGGCCCCCAUCCUCGCCUCCAUCUUGGUGAACUUCAUCCUCUUUGUUCGCAUCAUCAGAAUCCUGGUUCACAAACUGCGGGCCCCAGAUGUCGGGAAGAGUGACAGCAGCCCAUACUCGAGGCUGGCCAAGUCCACCCUUCUGCUGAUUCCCCUGUUUGGAGUGCACUACAUCAUGUUUGCCUUCUUCCCCGACAACUUUAAGGCUGAAGUGAAAAUGGUCUUUGAGCUCGUCGUGGGGUCUUUCCAGGGUUUUGUGGUGGCCAUCCUCUACUGCUUCCUCAAUGGCGAGGUGCAGGCAGAGCUGCGGCGGAAGUGGCGGCGCUGGCAUCUGCAGGGCGUCUUGUGUUGGGACCCCAAAUACCAGCACCCGUCAGCAGGCAGCAGCGGGGCCACGUGCAGCACGCAGGUCUCCAUGCUGACCCGCGUCAGCCCCAGCGCGCGCCGCUCCUCCAGCUUCCAGGCCGAAGUCUCCCUGGUCUGA